AUGAAGUAUUUCAAUUUUCGACGUGAAAACAGAAAAGCAGUUGAUGAAAACGAUGAAAUUAAUCGUGUAAUGCGACCAAUUAGUUUUCCUAAACAAAGAUUAUCACGUGCUGUUGAUUUACGUCCAUGGAUGACUCAUAUUGAAUAUCAACGAGACAUGAAUACUUGUUGUGCAAAUGCUUUUGCUGGUAUUUGUGAAUAUUUAAUAAAACGUGCAACUCGUCGUGAUAUUGAUAUAUCUCGUUUAUUCAUUUAUUAUAAUGGUCAAAUAAUUGGACAAAAAACACAUAAUGUUCGAGAUGAUGGAGUUUAUCAAAGAGAUAUUGCUUUAGGUUUAAGAAAAUAUGGACUUUGUCAAGAGAAAACUUGGCGUUAUGAAGUGUAUAAUUUAAAUAAAGAACCAUCAAGUAAAGCUUAUUUAGAAGCAAGUCGAUGGACUGUUAUUCCAUUAAGAAUUUUAUUUCAUAUAAAAGCCAUUGAAAUAUGUUUACAUAAUCAAAUUCCCGUACUUAUUGAUAUUAAAUUAAUUGAUCAAACACGAAGAAAUAUACAAAUUAAUCUUGGUUAUCUUAGUGUUCCAAGUGAAAACAAUGUUUUAAUUGAUGAAAGCAAUUUUCAUACUGUUGUUUUAGUUGGUUAUAAUCGAGAUAAAAAAUAUUUUAUUGGUCGAAAUUCUUGGGGAGCAGGUUGGGGUCAUGAAGGUUAUUUUUAUCUACCAUACGAUUAUUUAAAUGAUAAUCGUCUUGUUAAUUCUACUGAUGGAUUAUGGACAAUUCUCAAAAUUAUUAGACGAAAAUCUAAACUACCAACUUUACUUCAAUUUGCUGUAACAAGUUAUUAA